CUCUGCCGGAAGCGGAUCCCGCCGGUCUCCGGGCAGCGCCGGGGCCGGAGCAGAGAGAGCUGCCCGCGCCCCGGUGCACGGCGGGCAGAGUAUUCCGGAGACCAUCUGUGAUUGUUUUCAAGAUAGUUUUGCUUAAUGAGGUAUGGGAGAGAAGGAGCCAUGUCAGAAGAAGCUGUUACUGAGACACGAUUUUCUCUGAAGACAGUAGCUUUACGGGUGUUUAAUCUUCCCCUUUCCUGGUAUUAUUCCCUUAACCAGAUAAAGCUUUCCCCGGGGUUAAAGAAACUUUUCACAGUAACAGCAGUGAGUGCAAUAUCUGUGAUUUUUCUGGCCCAUCACUUUAAAAGAAGACGUGGAAAGAAAAACAAGAAAGUGCCACCAUGGGAACCAGCUCAUCUCGUAUUAGAGUGUACCAAAGCAGCUGCUUCAGAAAAAGGUUCUAGUUGUUCCAGUAGUCGACAAAACUUGACUCUUUCUCUGAGCUCUGCCAAGGAAAAAGGAUCUCAGUCCUGUAUCUAUGCAAAUGGAGGACUUUUCAGUAAAUACUCUGGUUCAGUUCAGAGCCUGACCUCGGUUCAGAGUGCCACCUCUUGUCACAGUUGUGCUUGUGCCAAUUCUAAUUCCUGGGAUAAAGCAGAUGAAGAUGACCUCAAGCUUGUCAAUAUUCCAGUGACUACACCUGAAAAUUUGUAUUUGAUGGGGAUGGAGCUGUUUGAAGAAGCACUGAGGCGCUGGGAGCAGGCGCUAACUUUUCGUAACAGGCAAGUUGAAGAUGAAGCAAUCUGUGGUUCCAUUAAGCUGGGAGCAGGAGAUGCAAUUGCAGAAGAAAGUGUAGAAGAUAUCAUUAGUGCUGAAUUCAUUCAUAAGCUUGAAUCUCUUCUUCAAAGAGCUUAUCGUCUUCAGGAAGAGUUUGAAGCCACCCUUGGGGUCUCUGAUCCUGCUGCUCUAGCAGAUAAAAACACAGACAUUACUGUGAAGGAUAAUGCGGAUGAUUUCUGCCUUCGAGAUACAUUAAGCAUUGCAUCCACGGAUUCCUUUGUUUCCACAGCUGAGCUUUCAGAGCACAGAGAGAUUCGUAGCACGUAUGGUCUGGAUUCCCUUUGCCACUGCCCCCUGUAUGAAGAAGCCAUGCACUUAGCAGAAGAAGGCAAAAUUUAUUCACGGGUGUUAAGGACUGAAAUGUUUGAAUGUCUAGGAGACAGUGACUUCCUUGCUAAGCUUCAUUGUAUUCGACAAGCUUUUCAGAUAAUUCUUUCAGAAACAUCAAACAGAAUAUUUCUUGCUGAAAGUGGAAGAAAAAUUUUGUCUGCUUUAAUUGUGAAAGCACGAAAGAAUCCAAAGAAAUUUGAAGAUGUCUUUGAUGAAAUGAUACAUUUUUUGGAACAAACAGAUCACUGGGAUAAUACUGAAAUGGAACUUGCUGCUAGAGGAGUGAAAAAUCUGAAUUUUUAUGAUGUUGUUCUGGACUUCAUAUUAAUGGAUUCAUUUGAAGAUUUAGAAAAUCCACCAAUAUCUAUACAGAAUGUAGUAAAUAACCGCUGGUUAAAUUCCUCCUUUAAAGAAACUGCUGUGGCUUCAAGUUGUUGGUCAGUACUGAAGCAAAAAAGACAGCAAAUGAAGGUGCCUGAUGGAUUUUUUGCACAUUUCUAUGCUAUAUGUGAACAUAUCAGUCCUGUUUUGGCCUGGGGCUUUUUGGGCCCUAGAAAUUCCCUGUAUGAUCUAUGCUGCUUCUUCAAGGAUCAAGUGCUUUUCUUCCUCAAAGACAUUUUUGAUUUUGAAAAGGUGAGAUACUCAACUAUGGAGAGCCUGGCUGAAGACCUCACGCAGCUGCUGAUCCGGCACACGGAGCUGCUGCUGGCCUAUCUUGGGGCAGACUCACUGAGACACGUUGGGGCCUGUGUCAGUGGCCACAGGCCUGUCUUGACCAGUGGGCUCCUGGAAGCAAAAGUACAGUAAGCUUAAAAUCCCUGGCAAAUGACAGGGAGUGCACACAGAUGUGCUCUUUUCCACCCUUUUCUCUAGUGCUAAAGCUACUGUGGCUGUUACUGAGCAAGCAUCUGGGAAUGCAUCGUGUUGCUAAGUAUGGAAAAGGACUCAGGGAGGUUAAAUGUACAUCUGUGAGAAGAACUGGGGAGCGUAUUACUGUAUAUACCUAAAUUAAUUUUGCAGCUCAGCUGUCGCUGUAUUUAUAUUUCAUGUAUCCCAAAGCUCUUUUCUGUAAUAUUUGGGUAAAGUUUAUUUAUGAAAUACUGUACUUUUGCACAAAUAAUUCGUAAGUGAAGCUGAUGGAGUUGUUUCCUUUAAAAGCUUAUAGUACAAAAUGUUCAUUGCAGAGUCUCCAAAUCAUUAGGUGUCUAGAUCUAGGAGGUGUUUUGACUGGGGUGUCUGCAGUCUCUGAUUCAUGUGACACGUGCAAUAAAGUAAUCACAGGCACAGAACUGAACAUGUCGCCCCUGCCCCAGAAUUCCAUUUGUGUGGGUGUAAGCAGCCAUUUUGUACUACAGAGUGAUGGAGCAGUGCAGGAAAUGCAAGCACCAUUUGGGCAGGAAUGACUGCCAGUAUGCAAUUUUUACUUUAUUUUGAUUUAAAAUAUCUAAAUAUCACUAAGGUGUUUUAAAGUACUUCUUUAUAUUUGAAAAGCUAUACUAGCUUCAACAAUUAAUUUUAAACUUCCUUGUUCUAAAACCAUUACUACUCAAUAUGGUGGUAAAUGAACCAAUGUUAUUUUCAGUUCAUAUGUAGCAUUUCAAAAUAUAUUUUUAAAUAUGUAUGUAUUAUAAGAUUUAUUAAUCAUGAAACAGAAUUGAAGGCAGUGUUUUAUAAUUUAAUAACUUGUGUCUUCCUCCCUUCUUUGUGGGAAGUCAGGUGUCUGUUUAAGAGGAGAUUUAUGCAGUUGUGGCCAUCUGUGUGCAGUGUAAAACUGUGGCCAUGGAACCCUGAACUUCAGACAGGAGCACAGCACCUUCAGAAGGCAUGAGGCACCUUCCAGAAUGGCUCUUCCUGUUCCAGAGGUGAUAAAUAAUGAUGAGCUGUAAUCUUUGAAUUUCUGUCAACUGAAGCAAUGCUUCACAGUUAGUUUAGGCUCUAAACUGCACUUACAUGCCUUUGCCACACAAAGCCAGCCCACAAGAAUCUAUCCCAUGUCAAGAAAUAUGGAGUAAUUCCAAAUACUCAGAUAUUUGAGAAGCAUAUUGUUAAAAUCUGGAAUAUCAAAACAAACUUUGACUAGAAACAUUUCAACUUUCAUGUCAAACACAACCCAAAAGGAUGCUAUUCAAAAGGAGGGCCUCUGCUCUGUAAUUCAUAGAUUUUACUCCAUUUUACUCCUUUGUUGUACUCAUUUGAUAAAUACAAAAAUGAUGAAAAUGUGUCAUAUUACUUGUGUGAAAUGCCAACUGAUGAUAGUUUAUUUAACAAAAAAGAGUAUACUCUAUAUGUAAUAAAACAGAAAUUCCAAAUGCUA